AUGCCUUCUACAGAAGCAUUAUUCUGGUUUUUGCUUUGUGGGGAAAUACCCAGCCAAUCACAAAUGGAAGAUUUUCGUGCACACCUGCUUACCCGAACGUAUAUACCCCACCAUAUUUUUACAGCUAUUGAUAAUCUUCCCAAGAAGAGCGAUCCAGUAUCUCGAUUUUGUGUUGCCUUGCUUUGCUGGACCACCACAUCAACAUUUAUGGAAAAGUACGAUGCCGGCAUUCCUAAGGAACAGUAUUGGGAGUAUUCCUAUGCUGAUGCGCUUACACUUAUUGCUGGGCUUAAUCAGAUUACUUCGUAUAUUUAUACACGAUACUGCAAGCACAGCGACACCAUAGCCCCCGAUUACACAUUAGAUUGGGCAGGUAAUCUUAGCAGGAUGAUGGGGUUUAAGGAUGCAAAGGCUAUGGAUUUUAUACGUCUUUUUAUUUUUACCCAUGCCGACCAUGGACCAGCCAAUGCUUCGGCUCAUACCUGCCACCUUGUAGGAUCGACGUUGGUAAACGCCUUCUACACGUGUGUAGCAAGUAUGGUAGCCCUUGCUGGUCCACUGCAUGGACAUGCGAAUGAAGAGACAUUCAAAUGGUUGUUGCGUCUACAAGCAAAGGCGAGGGAGGAGAAGAAAGAACUUAACCACGAUUUUAUAAGUGACUAUAUAGAAAACGAGUUGCAGCAAGGAAGGAAAAUUCCAGGCUAUGGACAUGCCGCGCUUCGUGUAGAAGACCCACGCUAUACUUUAGUAAAGAACUUUAUACACGACAACAACAUAGUAUCGGAGUACGUCCAUGUAGCAGACAUGGUAUAUGAUGUUGCUCCUGGUAUACUUUCCAAUGUAAGAAAAAUUUCUAACCCAAAUCCAAAUAUUGAUGCAAUAACUGGAGCAGCUCUCUACUCUUUAGGCAUUACUGAAUUUGAUUUCUAUACGGUAUUGUUUGGAACAGGGAGAAUUAUAGGUCUUAUGGCACAGCAUAUUAUUGAUAGAAUACUGCAGAUUCCCAUUGAACGCCCUAAAGCUUUUGAUUUAGAAAAACACACAAAGAAGAAUACGAAAAGCAGCGAUACUACAUAG